AUGGCGGAAGAGUUUCAAAGAAUCCUCGAAGAGUUUGGAAAAGGAUUUGAAUUCUUAUCUAAGUAUGAAAACAAGGAUAAGAAUUUUGUUAACAAUUCUUUGCUGGCUGAUUCAGAUUUCACCCAAUUCCAAAUUAUUUUAUCUAAUCUCAACGAAAAUUGGCCUAAAGUCAAGAAAAUAGCUUUAAUAGGAAAUGGAGGAUCUCAUAAUGAACUUGUUGAAACUGCAUCAAGAUUAAACGAACAAAUGGAUUUACUAUCUAAGGCUCAUUUAAGGAUUGCAUCAUUAGAAAAAGGUAUUUCAUCGCAAGAAGCUGAAAAUGCAAAACUUACUCUCGAAAUUCUUGAAUUACAAAAAAAGUUAGAUGAAUCUGGAAAAGAUUCAAACAAUGCUGCAUCACAGAUUACAAUAUUACAGCAAAAGAUUACAUCCUUAGAAAAGGAACUUGCUGCCUCACAACAAGAAAUAUCGAUUUCCAAACAAAAAAUUAACCAACAUCUUGAAAUUGCAUCGACAACACAGACUGAGAUUACGAAUGUGCAAUCAAAUCUACAAAAACAAGUUGAUGAGAACAAGAAACUUCAAUCGGAUAUUGAAAAACUGAUUAGUCAACUUGAUAAUAUUAAAAUUGAGAAUAAAACGUUAAAAGAAGCUCAACAAAAGAACGAAUUGACUAUAUCUGACUUAAAGCAAAAGAUUAACUCUGAUGCUGAUGAAAAGAUGCGUCUUAACAUGAGAAUUACGGAUUUAGAAAACGAACCUAACAGACCAAAUGUAGUUUUACUUCAAGAAGAUAAAAAUCACCUUAUAUCAGUUAAUGAACAACUUAAUUCUCAGUUAGAGAAAGCAUCAAACGAAAAUAGAAACUUAACUACUGAAAUUUCUUCAAAGAAUGCAACAAUAGAGACUCUCACACAAAAAUCUAACGAUUUGCAGCAACAAAUCGAAGAAAUAACUAAUAAAUGCAAGGAAUUGAAGACAGAACUUGUUGAAAAAGAAAAAGUAAUUUCCAUAUCAAAAUCUCAAGCUGAAGAAACGGAACAAAAACUUAAUACUCAUCAAAGAACAUCAGAAAAGUAUAUGGAAAUCAUUUCCAAGUCAACCAAUGUUUACAAUCAACUUUUUGAUUCAAUUGAACAAUUAUCUAAUUCUUUUAAUGCUAAAAUCAACGAUAUAGAAGAUCAAAUUGACUUAAUUGAUCCAAAGAUUAACAAAUACAAAGCAAAACAAGCCCAAAUUCUUGAAGUUGCAUUGAAAGAAAAUAGAAGUUCAAAGAAACUGCUUAAAUAUGCAAUAGAAAGUAUUUCUAAGAUGUCUGAAAUGGAAGAUAAUCAACCAAGUUUAGAAGAUGUCUUGAAAGACCCUCAAACCUUAAUUAAUAUGGUUGAAAUGACAACAAAGUCCGUAACCGAUUUGAGAUCAACUUCCAUUCAUAAGAGCUAUAAUACUCAACUAACAUCUUCAAGAAAUUCAAGCUCUGUUUCAACUUCUGUUGCUUCAAUGAGUGAUUUAAUGCAAUUAAUUAGCGCUCAAAUGCAAGAAGAGCAUGAGGAGCUAAUGAGUGUUAUAGGUGAUACAGAAGCCCCUACAUUUCGUUCUGUAGUCUCUCCAAGAAAAUAA